AUGAAAGGUGUCGAUUUUGGUACAUUGCCGGUUAAUUGGAUGGCCAAUAAAAAAUCAUGGGUGACAACUACAGUUUUCACAGAAUGGUUCAUUAAAUAUUUUGUACUAGAAACUAGAAAAUAUAUCAAUGAAAAAGGGUUAGAAUUUAAAGUUCUUCUGUUGAUAGACACUACACCCGAGCAUCCUCAGUUGGAACACGAAAAUAUACAAGUUUUGUUCCUGCCACCGAAUACCAUAUCUCUAAUCCAACCACUGGACCAAGGAAUUAUCGCAACAUUUAAAACCUCCUACAUCAAAAGAACAUUCCAGUUCAUUUUAGACACUUUGGAUAAGGAUAAAACUCUUACAGUAGUUGAUGCUUGGAAAAAGUUUUCUAUUAAAGAUUGUGUUAAACCUGCUGCUUUAGCAUUAUCAGAUUUACGACCAUCAACCUUAAACGGAUGUUGGAGAGCAAUUUGGCCAGAAUGUGUAAAAAGUAAAAAUCCCGUGGAUCAAAAUAGAAAAGAAUAUCCCAAUAUAAUUAAUUUGGCACACGAAGUAGGUAGGGAGAUUUUCGAUGACUUGGUAUUCGAUGACAUUACUGAACUGAUGAUUGAUGAAGUUCUUAGCGAAAAGGAAAUAUUACAUUUUGCCUCACACAAUGCUGAUUCUAUAGAAAGCAAUGAUAAUGAAGAACAUGUAAAAUUAACUGCAAAUUUAAUUGAAGAAGAACUUCAACUUGAAAAUAAAUUAAGACACCAUUGCAUCAAAAAUGAUCCCAAUGGCGAAAGAGCUGUACAAUUCCAACGUGAGCUGAAUUCUUGUAUGGCUCGUUACAAAGAAUUAUACUACCUCUUUGUAUACUGCAAGAAUGCUGGACGAGCAAAAGAAAGUCCAGUUCAAAAGUAUUCCAGCGAUGAUAGUGAUUGUAUACGCAUUCGAAGCAAGCGAAUGCGAGUAACUGAUGAUGACAGCAGUUAA